AUAUCUCCCAUGCCUGAGCUGCUCAGGCGUGCAGCACGCCUCUGCUACUGGGACACACCAAUGGCGCUCUUCAUCAUGCAAGUUUAGCAUUGAAUCCUAGUUGUAGGCAUUGCUGGAUUUGGCUUAUGUUUGGGAAAGUUGAUAUCCGCAGCUGUACUUUGGCUAACUUCGUACUGGCCACAAGUUAAAUGCCCAGUCGCCAUGCUACAUGAACAUGGGAUAGCUGCCUGUCAACACAUGUAACACCCGAUGCUCCCAGGGAUCAAUGCAAGUCAACUGUCUUGAGAAGUAUUGAAAUGGUGCCUCGCAUCAUUCAGUGCCGUCCUUGUGCACCGCGUCCUUGGCCUUGAAAGAUGGCUACGGAGUUUUGAGCUGACGUGUUUACGCCCGUGAGCCUGAAGCAGCAAUUGAAAGCCUUUGGCACGCAAUAUGAAACCGCUUGGUCUUAGCAAGCUUGGGCUUGCCACGCAUCGUGGCGUUGUCGGCACAGCAGCGGCUUUGGGCACAGGCGUGGCAAUUUGCACGUGGAAAGGAGCGCCAGAACGACGUCACGGCGAGCCGUUCCACAGGCCUCUAAAGCUUCCCGUUCCACUUGUGGAUGCUAUAGCUGGAGCGCUGGGUGAAGUCGCGCAGAUCCUUGUCCUGUAUCCGCUAGAUACUGUCAAGGUUCGCUGUCAGGCCUCUGGCGAGACUGCAGCCGUGGUGCUGCGCCGUCUGCUCAGCAAUGGAGUUAACCUGAAAUUGCUGCGAAAACUUUACGCGGGAGCCCUUGGAGCUGCAGCGUGCGCAGUGGUGGUGGGAGCCGUCCACUUUGCUAGCUAUGAAGGCUCUCGCAAAGCUUUCCUGCGCCUUGCCUCUACCAGUCACCCAAAUGCUGGUGGCAGUGUGUCAUCUGUACACGGCGUGCAGGGCCUACACGGCACCCAUAGCUAUGCUUCCAUCCCGGAGUACUGCACUACAGCAGCAGAAGGGACCACAGCCCCAGUUGGCCGCGAUGAGUGCCGCCUAGGCCGCACAUUGGCCACCUUCGCUGCAGCUGCGGUUGCGGCGGUUGCCACCGCGUUGGUGGAGUCCCCUGUCGAGCUGUUCCGCCACAACGCACAGGCUGGGUUAGUGGCGCCCAACUUCAUGCGGGAAAUGGUUUCCACAGUGCGCAGGGAAGGCGUGGGCGGCCUUUAUUGGGGUUUCCUCCCUCACUGCUUCGAGGCAUGGCCUCAUGAUAUCGCGGAGCUGGCAACCUACGGCCUGAUGCGUGAGUUCCAGGAGAGCGCCUCACGACCUAUUUCCCGCCAUUAUAAUUGGGCUUCGGGUAUCUCUGAGCACGGCUGGGAUUUAAUGACCGGUGCAGCCUCGGGCGUCUCCGCAGUGCUCUUAUCCAUGCCGUUUGACACAGUGAAGACCUAUCUACAAACACACGGAGCAGACCUUUCGGGGCGUGGCGUGCUUGGCAGCGCGGCGCUAUUUGUAAAGUCCGGUCGGCGCAUUGUGGCACGCAAAGGGCUCGGGGGCUUGUAUGUGGGCGUGACUCCACGGCUGCUGCAGCAGGUGCCGUCGGCCAUGGUAUGUUGGUGGUCGAUUGCCGCAUUUAAGCGCAUCAUGGAGCCAUAUACAUUGUCGGAUUUGGAAGGAGGCCAUGGCGCUACUUCGUCCGAUUGCCUGGAAGCUGCACCUCCAGGUCAUGUGUAGCGCAUGAAGUGCGGGGGAGUAGACCAGACGGGUUAGUAGCACGAGUGCCCUGUGCAAUAAUAUGAUUACAGCUCCGAGAGAAAACGUAUUUUAGCGUCUUGUGCUGCAUUUUGAAGGAGAGGCCAUUUGUGCGGAUGUUUCGCCUACAUGCAGCAUGCCGGAUUAGGUAGAGAAGACAAGAAUAACGCGACAGCUAUACCUGUGGCGUGUUGCCAGCGUCCGGCUGGAGCGGGAUCAUGCAACCUUAUUGCAGCUGGUCUUCAAAGAGGCCUUGUUGCUGCCAUGGGCCAAACCUGCAAGGCUGCUGUCGGGCUGACCUGUGCGUCUGUGACCAGAAACCCAAUAUUGUUAUGGUGAGGUCUCUGCUGCCUUUAACGUAACGCUACGCUUACACGUGAGGUGCGGCAUUGACCAGGCUGACCAAGCGCGCUGAUCUUUUCAAACCUCCUCAUGUGGGAGGAGGACGUUUCUGCAGUCGUGGGUGUUGUUAUGCAGUAGAUUUGCAUGGCAAUGUAUGCGGGAUGGUGCACCAGCGUCACAACUUCUUGCAUCGUCCCUUUGUGCGUUCUCUUGUCACGUGUGAGGCCGCUGCGUUUUCCUCCUUCAAUUUGCAUGGAUAGGCGCGGAGAGCAGCGAUGGAACUCGGCGCUUAGGCACAAUGCAGAAUGAGAUACGAUAGCUUUUGUACAAGUGACAGUUGGGCUGCCUUUGGCCGUUGCAGGCUAGACUUUAUGCGAUGGGGAACAGCUUGAAAUGUGGUUCCCUUCUGUGACAUCCUUUGCUCCUUGA